AUGCCUCGCGAUCAUCACAAGGAGCGGCCGAAGAAGCGGCUCGCGCUCCGAAUCGCGAGGCUAAUACCUUCUUUCAUUGCUUCAUCAUGUCGGAAUUGCAUUGCUACUCUCUCUGCAUUGGGAACCGACGACGAUACGCUGGUUGUCACAAGUGAUAUCCCCAAUACCAGGUGCAUGGGAUCGUCUCAGCCUCGUGGCGGCCCAAAUGCAGACCGCGAUAUCUCAAGUAUUCCCAAGUUCCUGGUAGCAUUGCUCUUGGGAUGUAAAGGUUGGAGCACCCCCUCUGAUGGGCGUGUCACCUUUGCCACCCACUGGGGGUAG